AUUCAUUCAUUCCCGCGACCGACGUGGUGCGGUGCGGGCCUCCCUGCUCCGCUGGGGCCGCCAGCUCUUCCACCCGGCUGCCGAGAGCCCUUCUGCCAUCUAAUGAUACACUCUGCAUAGGCUGCUGUUGAAACUUUGUGGCUAGACAUUCCUGUGGGACCGGGAAUCUAAAUUCUUGGGUACAAACAGAAACUUACUUUCCUUGGGGAUUUUUUUACCCGCUAGCUCACACAUACUCUCGCGUUCUUUCCUUUUUGCUCUUUGGUAGCAGCAGGGAGAAAAAAAAGAGACAAAAAAAAAAAAAAACCCAACCAAACAAAAACCAACACCCCCUACACACACACACACACACACACACACACACACACACACACACACACUUCUAAUUUCAAAAGUAGCUAGAAAAAAAAUUUAAAAGACCAACAGCCAACCAAGUCAAUCCCGACCCACCCCCCGCAGGGCUGACUGCCGGCCGUCCCCAGCGCGGGCCAUGGCAUCCAACAGCAUCUUCGACUCCUUCCCGACCUACUCGCCGACCUUCAUCCGGGACCCGAGCACCAGCCGCCGCUUCACACCUCCCUCCACGGCCUUCCCCUGCGGCGGCGGCGGCGGCGGCGGCAAGAUGGGCGAGAACAGCGGCGCGCUGAGCGCGCAGGCAGCCGUGGGCCCCGGCGGGCGCGCCCGGCCCGAGGUGCGCUCGAUGGUGGACGUGCUGGCAGACCACGCGGGCGAGCUCGUGCGCACCGACAGCCCCAACUUCCUCUGCUCCGUGCUGCCCUCGCACUGGCGCUGCAACAAGACGCUGCCCGUCGCCUUCAAGGUGGUGGCGCUGGGGGAUGUGCCAGAUGGCACGGUGGUGACUGUGAUGGCAGGCAAUGACGAGAACUAUUCUGCUGAACUGCGCAACGCCUCAGCCGUCAUGAAGAAUCAGGUGGCCAGAUUCAACGACCUUCGCUUUGUGGGCCGCAGUGGGCGAGGGCACAGGCAGAAGAUAGAAGACCAGACCAAGGUGUUCCCUGACCGCUUCGGGGACCUGGACCGACUGCGCAUGCGGAUGACGCCAAGCACGCCCAGCCCCCGGGGCUCGAUCAGCGCUACAAGCCACUUCAGCAGCCAGGCCCAGACCCCUAUCCAAGGCACCUCGGACCUGAACCCCUUCUCCGAUCCCCGCCAGUUUGACCGUUCCUUCACGCUCACGGAGAGCCGCUUCCCUGACCCCAGGAUGCAUUACCCGGGCGCCAUGUCGGCUGCCUUCCCCUACAGCGCCACGCCCUCGGGCACCAGCAUCGGCAGCCUCAGCGUGACAGGCAUGCCGGCCACCAGCCGCUUCCACCACACCUACCUCCCGCCGCCCUACCCCGGGGCCACGCAGAGCCAGAACGGGCCCUUCCAGGCCAACCCAGCGCCCUACCACCUCUACUACGGCGCCUCCUCGGGCUCCUACCAGUUCUCCAUGGUGGCCGGCGGGGGCAGUGGCGGUGGUGAGCGCUCACCCACCCGCAUGCUGACCUCCUGCCCCAGCAGCACCGUCCCCGUGGCCACCGGCAACCUCAUGAACCCCAGUCUGGGCCAGGGUGACGGCGUGGAGGCUGACGGCAGUCACAGCAACUCACCCACAGCCUUGGGCACCCCGGGCCGCGUGGACGAGGCCGUGUGGCGGCCCUACUGACCCCGCUUGCCCACCUGAGGCUGGUUGACGCCCCGAGGAGGCAACUCAGUGCUCCCACAAGGACUGGCCCACUGCAAGGCUCCAGGCAGCAGUGGGACUUCUGCUCCCGUGCAGCCAGGGCCCCCGGAGCCCCAGAACUGCAGUGGCUCAGAGAGGACCCAUCCAGCCACAUCUUUGUACAGAUGGGGACCCUGUUCCCAGCCCGUAUGCUGGUCAUCUCAUCCCACACUCCCAUGGGAAACUCCUGUCACCUCCCCUGAACCACCUUCCUGUCUCCAGCUAGACCCAGGGUCAUCUUCAUCCCAAGAAGGGGUCUCACCCUGGGGGUCAGCCCCAGCCCCAAGGAAGAGGUCCCCAGACCACACCUUCCUCAGCUGCCCUGCCCUGUGGGCAGCUCAGUCUGCUUUGUACCCAUUGAGUCAGAUCUGAAAGCACCCCUUGAGAGGGGUCCCCUCACUGAGAGAUGGGGCAGCACACCGCUGGCCGGGGCCUGAGCAUGCACCUGAGCAGGCCCCCAGCUCUGCUCCCCACCCUUGCUAGUGGCUCAGAAGCCCCUGACCCAUCUCAACUGCCUGGGGCACCAGGCCCCAGAGCCAGCUGGCUGUGGUGGCAGUGCCCUGGCACAGGAAAGGGCCUUUCAGACCACCUUCCACACACGUGUCCAGCUCGUGGUGACCCCUCUGCUCUCAGGGAGGAGUCUCAUUGUUCCCAUUUGCUGAGAGAACCUGGAAAUCCCUCGGGUCCCAGCAGAAAGCACUGAGGUGUGGCCUGAUGAGUCAGGUCUGUGCCCUGUCACUUAGGUCCAGUGGGGCUCUGUCCCACCUGCUGGCAUUACCCAGCCAACUCUUCCAGUCCCUACCGCAUAACUCUAGCCUGUCUGCUCUCCUAAACCAAACAGUAUUGAACCAAAACCAGUUUUUAAAAGUGAUUUUAGAGAAAUCAGUUUCAGUUACACAUUUUUGAACCUGAGGCCUCCAGCAGGUAGUGCUCUGGGCUUGUGAACACACAGAUCUCACACACACACACACACACACACACACACACACACACACACACACACACUCCUGCCAAUGUGCAGUUGUCAGGAAACCACCUCCUCCGGGAGAGGGGGGAACAGAUAUGGAACCCCAUGUCUGUGCUCUGAGACAUUUGUCCCAGAGACCGAGUGGGCACUGCUGGGCUGGGUGGGAUGUGGGAGGAGGGUGCAGGCUGUGUCAUGGCCCCAGCCUUGGCUCAGGACCCCGGUUCAGAGGCCAGAUGUUUCCCCUGCACCUUGCAGAUGGGAACGCAAGGGUCUUUGAGCUGAGCUCUUGAGUGGAAAAGGUUGGACACCAUGUGAUUUCAUAGCUUUCAUCCACAUCCUCUGUGGAUGUGGAAAUGCCCCCACUAGUGCUCCAUCGUGGUGGUCUGUGUCAUAGCCAAUGUCUCACCAGCCUACCCCAGCUGUGGAACAGCUAGAUGCAUUCCCCUGCGGGCCAGGAAGUUCCAGGGAUCCUGCUCAGACCUCUCCUGUUGCAGCUUCUCUUGUCCUCACUGGAAAACAAAAUGUGCCACCUUCCCAAAAGAGCGGUGGCGGGGCUCCUGCCAACUCCCUGCCCCUGGGGGCCUCUGCCCCUUCUCAGGAAGUAGCCACAGAAUCCACAUCCCUCCCACCUGCUUCACUCCCUCCCACGGCUAGCGAGGGAUACACCCUGGUGUGCCCAGUACUUUGUAGCCCUUCCUGAUGCCCAAGCCCUGAGCAGGGCAGGACAGGACAUAAAUGGAUCUCUGCCCUCUCUCAUCCCCUUGGUGAGCAGUGAUGGCGGCUGGGUGAGGGGGCACGGACUUCCAGGCUGGUGAGAAUGGGUCCUGAUUUGCAAGGUACACACACACACACACACACACUGAGGUAGAAAGCACAAGAAAAGAACAGGAUUUUGAUGUCUGUGUAAGCCUGUUUGUGGUGGGUGCAGACCCUUUGUGACAUAUUGUCAUGCUGAGGUACCCAAAUCUGCUGUGCUCACAUCUUCCAGAAAAGCGUCCCAAGCCGGGGGGUGGGGGGUGGAGCCGCUUUGCACUAUCAUUUGCUUGGUGUGUUUGUGUCUCGUGCACAAUCUGCUUGUACAGUAAACUGUCUGUCUUCUGUACUAUUUAACUGUAAAAUGGAAUUUUGACUGGUUUGUGAGUAAUAUAACAGAUGUGUUGAAUGAUC